AUGGCCGAUACCGCUGAGAGAGAAACUAACGUCUACAUGGCCAAGGUUGCCGAACAGGCCGAACGCUACGAUGAGAUGGUCUCUCACAUGAAGGACAUUACCAAGCACCAUGUCCCAUUGACACUGGAAGAGCGCAACCUGCUCUCGGUGGCAUUCAAGAACCUCAUCGGAGCACGUCGGGCCGCCUGGCGGAUCGUCUCCUCGAUCGAGGAGAAGGAGAUCUCCAACAACCGCGAGAACCGCGUCGAGAACCUCAAGAUCUACCGGGCCAAGAUCGAAAAGGAGCUCAACGACACCUGUGCGGAUAUUUUCCACAUCUUGGAUGAUGAUGUUAUUCCCUUUGUGGAUGCUACAGAUAAGAAUGAGUGUCUUGUCUUUUACUACAAGAUGAAGGCUGACUACUACCGUUACGUAGCAGAGAUCACAAAAGACGACGCCCGCAAGAAGGCCUCCGACACCGCAGAGGGGCUCUACCGCGAGGCCACAGAGUUCGCCUCCGACCUCGACCACACCCACCCGAUCCGUCUCGGCCUCGCCCUCAACUACUCUGUCUUUUACUACGAGAUUCUCAACAAUGCCGAAAAAGCCUGUGACAUCGCAAAGGGCGCGAUGGAUAGUGCGAUCGCCUUGUUGGAAUCGGAGGAGGUCCAGAACUCGGCUCAUGACUAUCGUGAUUCAGUCUUGAUUAUCCAGUUGUUGAAGGAUAAUUUCUCCCUCUGGGGCGAGAACCAGCAAGAGUAA